AUGGGCUACGCCACCACCGCGAUCCAAGAGUCGUUUGUGAGCGUCCGGUCGCGCUACACGAGUCUCAUGCGCCACCGUGACGAGUACUGCCGCGUCUUUGCCCUCGAAGACACGCGCAUCGUGUGCGUACUGCAGUCGCCCGGCGUUGCGCUCGGACCGUGGCACAAGCCGUCGUCGGCGCUCGUGCUCCUGCGUUGGAUGGCACGGAAACCGACGCGCACGGGCUCGCGAGCGCGCGAUUACCUCGUGCUCGAGUACAUGGAUACGAUUGUCGAUUCCAAGGGCGAACGGUGCUUUGCGCGCGUGUGGCAUUCGGUGACGCAUGCCGCGUUCCCGCCGCAGUACGGCUACGAGCGCCAAGUGCUUCUGCACUCGGGCGACGUUCUCCGCGAGAGCCUCGUGGGGCGGCCCGUCGUUUGUCGCCGGCUCAUGUUUCUCGACGUGCACUCGAUCAAGAGCGCGCUGCCCAAGUUUCUCUUUGCCCACCUCGUGCAGCGACAAGUGCGCGACGAGUACGCGUGCCACCUCGAUCGACUGCUAUGGGACUACAUGUCACCCCACGACGCAGACGAUGUGGGCGAUGCGAUUCUCGCACUUGGCGGCGAGGACGACGCUGAUGUCCACAUGCUCGAGUGCACGACCAAGUACGUUGCGACCGAGUGCGACCUCUGUGCCAAGGGCUUCCACUUGCUUCGUCUCAAGUACUCGUGCCUCGAUUGCGACAAGUCGGUGUGUCGGCGCUGUAGCCGAGGCUUCAUGCAGGGUACGUUGCGCAACCGAACGAUCGCAGACAUGAAGGCCAGCCGUGUCUGCUUUCGGUGCUGCAUUGAAAAGCGGGCAGGUGACCACGCUGGUGCGUCCCGCGCAGCGUAGCCGCUUCCCUUAGCGUUAAUUUAACUUUAUAUAUGCCCACGCACUGGCA